CGUUUCAUUUAUCCUGCGACUUAAGCAAGGGAGCUGGAAAGUAAACAUGACACCCUCCUCCCAUCCAUGUAAGAAAGCUGUUAGCUAAGCUUAGGUAGCAACCUGGCUGGGUGUCUGACUUCCUGUGGCCUGGCAGCAGGAGCAGCAGUGGUUCCUUCCCUUCUUUCCCAGGGGGCAUUGAAGUGACCUGGGAACACCAUGUCUGUGGGUUUGUCACUGUUCAUGGCCUCCUGUCAGGAUGUAGCGUCUCUUUCAUUUGACUGGGACUGCAUCAGGCCAGCCAGGGUUGAGCUCUACUGUCUCCCACCGAAACUCCCAGCCGGCUCCUGCGGCUGGACUCAGCAAGUGAGAACACUCAGGAGCGAGCACGGGAUGUGGAAUCUUAACGUGUGUGGACACCUGCUCUGUCCUAAGGGCCCCUCUGAGUGAGUUCAUGUCUCUAUGGUAGAGGGGCCAUACCUGUGACCUCUCAGCCCCUCUCCGGCUUUUGUGCCCCCCAGGAAUAGGCAGCAGUGGGGACUACAGCCUCUUGAAGGACUGGGGAUGCUAUGCAGCAGUUCCCUGAGUUGGUCACCAAGCCUGGCUCCGUGGAAGCUCUGCCGUGCUCCUUGCUAAGAUGAAGUGUGUCUUAGUGGUCACUGAAAGUGCAGAGGUCCUCUUCUACUGGACAGAUGAGGAAUUUGAAGAGCAUCUCCACCUGAAGUUUGGGCAGUCAAAGAAUGAGGAAGAGGAGCGGCCUGCGCUGGAGGACCAGCUCAGCACCCUCCUGGCCCCAGUCAUCAUCUCCUCCAUGACGAUGCUGGAGAAGCUCUCAGACACCUACACCUGCUUCUCAACUGAAGACGGCAACCACCUGUACGUGCUUCACCUGUUUAGAGAAUGCCUGUUGAUUGCCAUCAAUGGAGACCGCUCCGAGAGCGAGGGCGCCCUCCGGCGGAAGCUGUGUGUGCUCAAGCACCUCUUCGAGGUGCACUUUGGACUGGUCACCGUGGACAGCCAGCUCCUCCGGAAAGAGCUGCGGCCCCCUGACCUGGAGCAGCGUGCUCAGGUGUGGAAGAACUUCCAGAGCCUUCUGCGGACCUACAGCCACCUGCGGGAGCAGGAGCAGAGCUUCGCAGUGGAGGCAGUGGAGCGGUUGAUUCACCCCCAGCUCUGCGAGCUGAGCAUAGAGGCACUGGAGCGACAUGCCGUGCACGCCAUCAACUCCAGCCCCGACCGGGGCACCGAGGAGGCCCUGCAUGCCUUCCUGCUCGUGCACUGCAAGCUGCUGGCUUUCUACUCAAGCCAUGGUGCAAGCUCUCUGCGCCCAGCUGACCUCCUGGCCCUCAUCCUCCUGGCUCAGGACCUCCAGCCCUGCCAGGACACAGCAGAGGAGGACAGUGAUGCUGCUCAGCCUGUCACUCGGAGACCUCGGAGCAGCCAGAACAUCCCUGUUCAGCAGGCCCAGAGCCGGCACACCUCAAGUCCCACCACCAAGAGUUCUGCGGAGACGGACACAGACAGCAGCAUCUCCCUCCUUGAGGAGUACUUCACCCCUGCUCCUUCCCCAGAUGAGCAGAGCUCAGAGUCUUCUGCUCCCAGAAGGAUCUUCUUGGAUACAAACAUAAAGGAAAACUACUGCCCCUUGGUGCCCCACACCAUGUACUGCCUGCCCCUAUGGCCAGGGAUCAACAUGGUGCUCCUGACUAAGAACCCCAACAACCCACUGGCCCUGGUUCUGUACCAACUACUGGAUGGUUUAUCCCUACUGGAGAAGCAGCUGAAGGAGGGCCAGGAGGCUGGGAGUUCCCUGAAGUCCCAGCCUCUAGUGGGAGACCUGCGCCAGAAGAUGGACAAGUUUGUCAAGAAUCGAGGGGGACAGGAGAUUCAGAGCACCUGGCUGGAGUUUAAGACCAAGGCCUUCUCCAGAAGUGAACCAGGAUCGUCCUGGGAGCUGCUCCAAGCUUGUGGAAAGCUUAAGCGGCAGCUCUGCGCCAUCUACCGGCUCCACUUCCUGGCCACGGCGCCCAGCCGGGGAGGCCCUCACCUGCCCCAGCGCUUACAGGACCAAGUCCAGAAGCACAUGCGGGAUCGACUGCUGGACUGGAAGGACUUCCUGUUGGUGAAGAGCAGGAGGAACGUGACCAUGGUGUCCUACCUGGAGGACUUCCCAGGCCUGGUGCAUUUCAUCUACGUGGACCGCACAGCAGGGCAGAUGGUGGCUCCGUCCCUCAGCAGCAGUGAAAAGAUGUCAUCAGAGUUGGGCAAGGGGCCUCUGGCUGCCUUCCUCAAAGCCAAGGUCUGGGCUCUGAUCCAGAUGGCGCGCCGGUACCUGCACAAGGGCUGCACCACGCUGCUGUUCCGGGAGGGGGACUUCCGCUGCUCCUACUUCCUGUGGUUCGAGAACGACAUGGGCUACAAACUGCAGAUGAUCGAGGUGCCUGUCCUCUCAGAUGACUCCGUCCCCAUUGGCGUGCUGGGAGGUGACUACUACAGGAAGCUCCUGCGCUACUACAGCAAGAGCCACCCCACGGAGGCCGUCAGGUGCUACGAGCUGCUGACCUUGCACUUGUCUGUCAUCCCCACUGAGCUUCUGGUGCAGCAGGCCAGCCAGCUGGCCCGGCGCCUAGGGGAGGCCUCCCAUGUGCCCCUGCUCUAGGCGAAGCCCUGCUGUCCUCUGCAGCGGAUCCGCAGCCAGCCCUGCUCAGUGUCCCAUAGCCAGGCCUCCCCCUGUCCCCAGCAGCCUCCUGGCUCAGCCCCGUUAGUCCCACACAGGCUAAUGAACAAGGCCCUCCCCAAGUCCUCAGAAAGGAGAGGGAAGCUGUGCCUUGUAGUGGUCUCCAUAAAAUCACAGCUCUGUGAGUCAGAGGUGUCAUUGUCCUCCAGAGACACUUCUCUGGGUCCUCAGUGCUCCAGCUGCCUGAAGUCACACCCCUUCCUGCAGUUCUGAGUAGGGAAACUGUUUCCUACCUCAGAUAACAAAUGCUCUGCUGGCUGGUUAGAAUUCCAGCUCUGCUCCCUCCCCCUGCGGCUCUGGGUAAAGCCAGAUUCUCCAUGUUUAAAUUGAUGUUUAAGCUACCUCUCAUUGUGGUCGGGAGGCUUACCAAACAUUCAGCAGGUGCUCAAUAAAUGUUGGAACUAGAUAUCA